CCCCCGCUUCGUCCGGUCGCGCGAGGGCACCGCGGCCGCCACCACGGGCCCGGCAGCGUGCGGGAGUUCCGGUGCCCGGAGAGCUGAGAGGAGGGUCCGGCUCCCCUCCCGUCUCCCGGGGCGGCACAGCUGGUGCUGCGGGGGCGCGAUCUGGGGGCCGCCGCCGCCGCCCCCACGUUGAGAGGCGGGAGGGGGCGACUACGGCAGCCGGCGCGGCCCAGCAGCGGCGGCGGCGGCGUUUCCCGGCGUGCCCCGCGGCGGAUUGUACACAAUCAUCAUGGCUGCCGCCGCCGCCGCCGCCGAUGGUGCCGAUGAGCCGGGUAUGGAGGCGGAGGCGCCGGAGCUGCCGCUGGGCUGCGGCGGAGCGGGCGGCUCGCCGGCGGCGGGGCGGUCUCCGGACGGCGAGGAGCGCCGGGAGCCCCCGCAGGCGUCUGUCAGCAACGGCGGCGACGAGGACGGCGGCAGGGAGCUGGUGGAGCUGAAGGUGAUCUGGAACAAGAACAAGUACGACGUGAAGUUCUGCCUGGACAGCACGGGAGCCGAGCUGAAGCAGAAGAUCCACUCGCUCACAGGCCUCCCGCCGGCCAUGCAGAAAGUGAUGUUCAAGGGACUGCUGCCCGAGGAGAAAACGUUGCGGGAAAUCAAAGUAACAAAUGGAGCGAAAAUAAUGGUUGUGGGCUCUACCAUCAACGAUGUGUUAGCAGUUAAUACACCCAAAGAAGCUGCUCAACAGGACGUCAAAGCUGAGGAAAACAAAAAGGAGCCACUUUGCAGACAAAAGCAACACAGAAAAGUGUUGGACAAAGGAAAACCUGACGACGUGAUGCCUUCUGUCAAAGGCGUGCAGGAGCGGCUGCCCACGGUGCCGCUGUCCGGCAUGUACAACAAGUCAGGGGGGAAAGUCAGGCUGACCUUCAAACUCGAGCAAGACCAGCUGUGGAUUGGUACAAAAGAGAGAACAGAAAAGUUACCCAUGGGGUCCAUUAAAAAUGUGGUGAGUGAACCUAUUGAAGGCCAUGAGGAUUAUCACAUGAUGGCAUUUCAGCUGGGCCCAACAGAAGCAUCUUACUACUGGGUCUAUUGGGUCCCAACUCAGUAUGUCGAUGCAAUCAAAGACACGGUGCUGGGGAAGUGGCAGUAUUUUUGAAAGCACGCUCACCUCUGGCACAGGAAAAUGACACAAAUCUAAGGACACUGCUGGGAGAGGCCUCCAACAUCCCUGGAUGUGACAGUCCUGGAACUUAUUAUUAAAACAUGCUAAACGAGGCAUGGAUGGAAGCCAGAGGUGAUGUUCUUUCACCAUUAGUUUACUUUUAACUUAAAAUUUCACCAUCCCUUUUCUGCAGUCAGCUUCAACCAUAUUUAAAGCAAAUACAAUGGAAAUCAAUAAAUUUUAAUUCACAAAA